AACUCUUCUUCUUCUUCUCAUCGCCGGAAGGGCGGAGCAGGCCGCGGAGAUAGGUGCUCCUCCAUUUCCGAUUUCUUCGUCCUCGUCCCCAUCCCCUCUGCGCCCCUACAUCUCGACCCUAUGACCGUCGCCGAUCCGCAGCUUUCUCCCUCGAUCGGCCAAUCCCGAGGUCUCCCCUCCAUUGGAUCAGUUCGACAUGAACCAGAGGCUGAAUCUACAGCAGAAGCAGCCCCUGAUGCAGAAGGUGAUGCUCCAGCAGCAGCAACAGCAGCUUUACCAUUCUGGAGUCUUGGCUGCCGCCAUGCCUCAGAUGGAACCUAUUCCAAGUGGCAAUCUUCCUCCUGGGUUUGAUCCAUCUACAUGCCGGAGUGUAUAUGUGUGCAAUAUCCAUCAAAAUGUGACAGAGAGCCUUCUUGAAGAAGUUUUCCAAAGUAUUGGUCCACUUGAAGGAUGCAAACUCAUCAGGAAAGAAAAGGUUUUUUCCUGGAUCAGAAGUCCAAACUAUUGAAGUUUUCAUCCUUAGAAAAUAGUCUACUCUCUGGGCUGUCAUCUUUGUUUAUUGAAGUUACGAACCACAAUCUUCUUUGUUUGGCAUCGUUUUGUUUUCUUGAUGGAAAUUCAAGAUUAUGUUAAUAGAUUUUUUUUAUUGUUGGUCAUGUUGAAGAUGAUAAUUAAGCUAUAACUUGUCGGUCCUAGGUAAUUUUUCUUUAGUUUAUCAUAA